ACCGGCUAUACGGAAGUUGUGAAUGUGAAAUGUACAGCACAAGGACGAAUAAUGGGGUGGAUAAGGAGACGGGAAGAGGGUAGAAGGUUAGCGUGGGCUGCGUAGUUAUUCAGUUAAGCGUAGUCACCAAUCACGUGGUGGUGAACGCGCGAGAGGAUACUGUGUCCUGAAUGUGUCGACGUGUUUUGGAAUAGAUCUGCGCAGUGUUCCUGGAUGAAAAUGUGCCGUAAUUAUUUAUGAUAUCGCGGUAUACCUGUUGCUUGUGAACAAAAACCGAAAACUAUGCCUCUGAUGGACACCUGUUGGUCUCCCUGGCUUCAUUAUACUGACAUCAAGGAAGCUUCUAAGGCUGUUGCGGGAUAUACGUUGGCCAUCAGCGUUAUCGGAAUUGUUUACUCCGUUUACGUGAUGCUGGGGGGCGUUUCUUCAGAAUUCUUUGGACCACUGUUCGAGACCGAUACGAGGAACACUGCGAAGUACGCCGGAGGAUUUUUGAUAGUUUUCUGCUUGUUUUACAUUGGAUUCUCUAUUCUAAUGAUGUUCGGAAUUUCAAGAGAAAUACGUGGAUUCAUCCUGCCAUGGAUGAUCCAAACUGUACUUUCCAUCAUGAGUAUCACGGCAUUUGGUCUCUGGGUUUUGUGCUCUUAUUACACAAACCUCUGGUCUGUGUUUGUCUUCAUAGUGAUCAUGUUGUUCAGCGCGUUGAACAUAUAUUGCUACCUGUGUAUUUAUUCUUUUUACCGAGAAGUGAGGAAAUUCCAGAAGCCCAACAUCGUUCCUAUUUGGGAUGACGAGUUGGAAUAUUGA